AUGACGACCAACCACAUCCCACAGUCGGACACCGAUAAGUACGACUAUGUUAUCGUCGGCGGGGGCACGGCGGGGUGUGUCGUCGCGGCACGGCUGGCCGAAUACCUGCCGCAGAAGAGGAUUCUUCUGAUCGAGGCGGGACCUAGCGAUUAUAUGGAUGACCGCGUGCUGGAUUUGAGACAAUGGCUAAACCUGCUCGGUGGUGAGCUUGACUAUGACUACCACACUACCGAGCAGCCCAUGGGUAACUCGUUCAUCAGACACUCGCGAGCGAAGGUGCUCGGAGGUUGUUCGUCACACAACACCCUGAUCUCGUUCAGGCCAUUCGAGUAUGAUCUGGACAUCUGGCAGUCCCUGGGAGCACGGGGCUGGACGUUUCCCACGUUCAUGAAGGCGCUCAACAAGCUGAAGAACACUAUCCAGCCGGUUCACGCAAGGCAUCGAAACCAACUGUGCAAGGACUGGGUCAACUCGUGCAGCAGUGCGCUGGACAUUCCCGUCAUCUCCGAUUUCAACAAGCACAUCACAGAGACCGGAUCCCUCAAAACCGGAGUGGGCUUCUUCUCGGUCAGCUACAACCCAGACGAUGGCAGACGGUCUAGUGCCUCGGUUGCCUACAUCCAUCCAAUAUUGAGGGGCGAAAACCAGCGACCAAACUUGACCAUCCUGACCAAUGCUUGGGUGGCCAAGAUCAACGUUAGUGGUGACGAGGUCAGCAGCUUGAGCCUGACUCUUCAGGACGGAUCCGCUCGCGAGGUCAAGGCUAGAAGCGAGACGAUUCUCUGCGCCGGAGCUGUGGACACUCCUCGCUUGAUGUUGUUGUCAGGAUUGGGACCCAAGGAGCAGCUAUCAUCACUCGGCAUUCCCGUGGUGCGCGACAUCCCGGGUGUUGGCGAGAACUUACAGGACCACCCCGAGAGUAUCAUCAUGUGGGAAUUGAACAAGCCGGUCCCGCAAAACCAGACAACUAUGGAUUCCGACGCGGGCAUUUUCCUGCGUCGCGAGACGCCUGGAGCCGGCGCCAAGAAGUCGGCCGCCAACCCAUUCGGCGUCAACGAUGGAGAUAUCGCCGAUGUCAUGAUGCACUGUUACCAGAUUCCCUUCACGCUGAACACUAUUCGGCUGGGAUACCCGGAGAUCAGGGAUGGAUACGCUUUCUGCAUGACACCAAACAUCCCGCGGCCGCGUUCUCGAGGCCGCUUGUACCUCAUCUCAGCCGACCCAAAGGUCAAGCCGGCCCUCGACUUCCGAUACUUCACGGACCCAGAGGGUUACGACGCCGCCACCCUCGUGUACGGCAUGCGCGCGGCACGCAAGGUUGCGGAACAGGCGCCUUUCAAGGACUGGAUCAAGAAGGAGAUCGCGCCGGGACCAGACGUGCAGUCGGACGAGGACCUGAGCCACUACGCACGCAAGGUGGCACACACGGUCUACCACCCCGCCGGCACCACCAGGAUGGGCGACACGACGACGGACGAGUUGGCAGUGGUCGACGAGAAGCUGAAGGUUAGGGGCUUGAAGAACCUGCGAAUUGUCGAUGCGGGAAUCUUCCCGACCAUUCCUACCAUUAACCCCAUGGUGACUGUGCUGGGUGUUGCUGAGAGGGCGGCUGAGUUGAUCGUGCAGGAUUCCGAGGCGACGAGAGAGAGGGCCAGGCUGUGA